AUGGGUCUAACUAGCAAUACAGGAUUAUUAGCAAGUGUGUCACAGAAACCCAGUGUAAAACAAAAGGAUGCCGAUUUUGGCAAUCUACAGCUACGAUGUGACGUUACACCUGCACCAUUUAUGCUACGGCCGUAUGCUGGUCUAUACAAUCCCUUCUCGAACGCAUGCUCUGUGCUCUGCAACCACCCGGCUGACACGACAGCUAAGGAAUUUGUCAAACGAGCUAAGGAUGCUUGGUACCUUGAAGGCAAAGGUCAUUACUUUCAAGAAGAUUUAAGUAAGUUUCAAGAUAAUAAUGAAAAAGAUAAGAACAGAACCCCACAUGACAUCGUUACGGAAGAUAUGUUUAGAAGAUACACUGAAACUGAUUCUCGACCUUUGACACCAGCACCAACUCUGGCCAGCGGUAAAUCUAGAGGCUCCAGAAGAUGUCUCACGCCCGAUCAACCUCAUCCAAGAACUACAAUUGUCUUAGAUUUAAGAAGGAGUCACAGUCAGGAAACUCUUUACUACCACGGUUACGCGACAUCAGAUAUGACGGCCGGACAUACAGCGAGCGCUAAUGAUAGAUCCACAUUACCCUCACUCAAUCUAUCGGGUAGUGCUCACAAUCGCCUGGUUAACGGACAAUGUGAACAGUUACCACCUUUAGCUUCACCUCUAGUACUGUCGAAAAGAACUGUAAAAGAACCGAUUAGUGUGAGGAGUAUUAAAAAGACAAAGUUAUUACAAAUAAAGAAGCAAAAUCCAAAAGAGAAGCCUAACAAUAAGAGCUUUUAUAUAAAUUAUAAGCCUAAACAAGUGAAACGGAAGCCGUUAAAAGUAAUACCAAUAGCUUCUAGAACUUGUGAAUGCACUUUCAUGCAUGUAACAAGGAUUGUUAUAAGCUAUGCGCCAAAGAGUAGGAAAAGAGGGGCAUCUAAAAUAGCUUCGUCAACGACUUCUUGGGGUACGUCAGGUCAGGAGAAACGCAUGAAGCUACCAAACAUGAAAAUAACUAAAAAGCUAAUUAAGAGAGAGAAAACUUUGACGUAUGAUAAUAGUGAUUUUUUUAAGAAACUUGAGAACCAGCUCAAGGCGCUAAAUCUCGGAAAAGCUCUUAAAACCAAAAAAGGCGAUGCUCCAUCUUCCCAACGGUCCAAAGGAGAAAAAGAUGACAUUGACGGCAGCGAACACGGCGGAAUUUUAGAUGAUAAUGUCGGUGGAGAAGUACGAAGACGCGGCAAACGUCGACGAAAAGGACGGCCAGGCGGAAGCGAUCGCCUCACAUCAGCUGGCCUUGCAGCUCAAGCUCAACAAGACCCUGAAACACAAAUAGCAGGAAUAGGUACAGACUCUCAGAACCCUAGUUCCCGAGGGUCCAUCGCUCAAACCACAGAAGAUGAUAUAGUUUUGCCACAGAUCAAAGCUGUUGCUGUCAGAAAGACUGAUUCAUUCCUAGAUGAUGAUAUAUUAAAAUACUUACACAGGGAAGUCGAUGAAGACGCUAUUGAAACUGAAUUUGAUACCAAGCGUCGCUACGUUUUAGAAGAAGCGUUAAGAACUCGUCCAGAGCGUCCACACAGCCAGGAGAUGCAGAGCCUCCUCCGCGAGCUGCGGGUCCCGGCGGUCAGCCUCGGCGACUGGCUGCACGUGCCGCGCGUGUUCUCUAGGCAGAGUGCGCAGUUCAGCUUGCCCAUUGACUCUAAUGCUUUGGAAGCUUUAUCUCCAAUGCAGUACGCGGCAAGAUUUAUCACAAUAAAGAAAUCUAAGCAGUUACUUUAUUUGACUGUCCUACGAAAAUUCAGACCAAAAGGGUACAGAAUGCCCUUAAAGGACAUACAUGAAGGCUUAAUCCUAAUGAUGGGUGGAAUCCUAACAACUGAACAAUCUAAUCAGUUUGAGACGAUCAUGGAGUGGUCAGAAUAUAAAGAAGACGAAAACAUUCCAGAUGAAAUCAAACUGACCCUCUUAGACACUGGGUAUAGAAAACACACGCCUACUGAAGGGGGAGAUGGACACGAGGAUACCAUGCGUUCCAUAAAAUACAGAACUUGGUGCGGUUUGUGUGCAAUUUGUGAACGAAUGUACGGUCGUUUCCCAUCGCGAGAAAAAGAUCCUCCUGAUGGUAUGGAACUUAGUGAUUUCACCAUGAUCGAAACUAGGCUUGCUGUAUUAAAGGUGCAUUGUGGGCUCGUUGAAGUACUUAAUACUAUUAGAACACGA